AAAGAAACAUAUCUUGAACCAUAUCAUUCAAGAUCCAAACUACAAACCAUCUUUACUCCCUCACAUUAAGAAACUAUCUUCAAUCAUUGUUCUGAUCUUUUGCAGGAAUCGAAUUUACUGCAGUCAGAUCGCAACAAUGAUCGACAGCAAGACAGUUUUAUCGGCAAUGGCCUCUAUUGUGCUAGUGCGAAACAUCACGAAAGAAGUCGUUCCUCAUGAGAUCCUAAACUUUGUACAACCAUGUUUUUCACCAAUUCUCAGCGCAAUUUACCAUAGUCAUUGAAGAAUUUCAAGGGAUGGCAAAAAACCAAGUAUUUGAGGCUGCUGAAACCUAUCUAGGAACUAAAGCAACAGUCUCAACAGAAAGAGUUAAAGCAAGCAAAUCUCAUGAUCACAAGAAACUUUCAUUCAAUAUUGAUAGAGGUGAAGAAGUGAGUGAUGAUUUUGAAGGUAUUACAGUAAAGUGGAAAUUAAUAUGCAUACAAGAAGAUGGAUCACGAAUUCGACAUAAUGAUAUGUACACCUCAUCCGUGUCAGAAAUUAGAUCCUAUGAACUAACUUUUCACAAGAAACACAAGAACACGAUCUUCGAUUCAUAUUUCCCUUAUGUGAUGGAGAUAGCUAAACAAAUUAAACAAGGAAACAUGGCUAUCAAGAUUCUCUCAACUGAACAUGGAUGCUGGAGCCAUGAACCUGUCAAGUUCAACCAUCCAAUGAGUUUCAACACUCUUGCAAUUGAUAUAGAACUUCGAAGGGAAAUUAUGAAUGAUUUGGACAAUUUUGUCAAAGCCAAAGAGUUUUAUAGAAGAACAGGAAAAGCUUGGCAACGCGGUUACUUGUUGUAUGGUCCACCUGGUACUGGAAAGUCUAGCUUGAUUGCAGCCAUGGCUAACUAUCUCAACUAUGAUAUCUUUGACUUGGAUCUCACUGAUGUAGGGGAUAAUAAGAGCUUGAAGCAACUUAUCAUUGGUAUGUCCAACCGUUCUAUACUUGUGAUAGAGGACAUUGAUUGCACUAUUAACCUGCAGAACCGAGAAGAAGAUGAAAAUGAAGAAGUUGUUGAUAAUGGAUACAAUAAGAUGACACUUUCGGGACUAUUGAAUGCAGUAGAUGGUCUUUGGUCGUGCUGUGGAGAAGAACACAUAAUUGUUGUCACAACAAAUCACAAAGAAAGGCUUGAUCCUGCUCUAUUAAGGCCUGGUAGAAUGGACAAGCAAAUUCACUUGUCAUAUUGCAACUUUUCUGCUUUUAAGCAAUUGGUUAUUAACUACCUUUGCAUUACUCAACAUGAACUCUUUGAAAAGAUUGAACUGCUUCUAGGAGAAGUUCAAGUUACUCCUGCUGAAAUUGCAGAAGAGCUAACAAAGGAUGUUGAUGCUACAGAAUGCCUACAAGACCUUAUCAAAUCCCUCCAAGCCAAGAAAAUCAUGAAGGAAGAGAUAAAAAAUGAAGAAAAUAUCAAAGAAGAACAUGAACUAGGUAGCUAUGAAGCACGGACUCUGACGAGGACUCCGACACGGACACCUGACAUGACACUGACACGAACACGUCGCAGACACCAACGCGGAUUCCGACCCGGGCUCCGAGGCGGACACCGGACACGAACACGUCGACACAGUUAAUGUACAAAAACAUAAGACACUGAAACUGCUAGAAAGCAAACCAAAUAUUGUGGGGACUCUUUAAUUACUUUACUUGGAGGCAUGGCUGGUCUCAAGAUUGUUGGUGUUUUUGAUUACUUUACUUGGACUUAGGUUGUUGCUCUAAAGCAGCUUCCUCAAUUUGAUGCUCUAGUUCCAUGAUUUCAAAUUGCAGUCAUUAACUGUAACUGCUUCUUUUUGGUGCAAGUACAAUUAUGUUUAUAUGACAUGAUAUAUGUAGGAGCAAAAAAUGAAGUGAACCUCCUGCACCAAUUUUAUUUAGUGCUCAUAGCAUAAUGAUUAUGUAUGACCUAUUUUUAUAAUAAAAGAUAAAAUAAAGUUAUUUUUUUAAUA